GGAAUGUUCGCGGUCAGGCCCUCAUGUGACCGUUGUGGGUCCUGACUCGUGCGGUGAUGUGCAGUUCAUCAUGGCGGCGAACAGUAGCAACAGCACGAGCGGUAAAAGCGGUGGAAAGCAGUCCGCUCCGUCUGCCGAGCAGGUGGUGGCAACUUUCCAGAGGAUGCGACAGGAGCAGCGCAGUAUGGCCUCAAAGGCUGCAGAGUUUGAGAUGGAGAUCAAUGAACACAGCCUCGUCAUUGACACGCUAAAGGAAGUCGAUCCGUCACGGAAGUGCUUUCGUUUAGUUGGCGGUGUGCUUGUAGAGAGGACCGUCAAAGAAGUUCUCCCUGCAUUAGAAAACAAUAAGGAACAGAUUUCGAAGAUCGUGGAGACGCUUAACUCACAAAUGCAGGCGAAAGGACGGGAGCUGACGGAGUACCGUGAACGCUACAACAUCCGAUUAGUCGGGGAGGACGACAAACAGGGCAAAGCGGACGCCAGUCAAGCCAAAGAGAGCGAAGGAGGAGGGUCUAAAGGUGGCGCCGGAGUGCUCGUCUCAUAGUGGAUUUUUCUUUAAACGCUGGUUAGAAAUCGUUGACGCUUUAAUAUUUGAGAGACUGAGUUGGCAUGUUUCUAUUUAGUCUUACAGAUGCCAGUCGUAAACACGAAAGAGAGUGAAAGUCGGUUUUCAUGCACGUUUUGUACAUUCAUAUUAUUAAAACACAACUCACGACAACACCUUUCCUAUCUGAACAUUCACAGCAGUUCACAUUAGCAAAGUGAAGUCAUAUCCGUGUGAUUUCAAGGCAAUCGUUUGCUUUUCAGUUCAAAUAAAUAGUCAAAAUGUUUCGUUUCAAGUCUAAAUGCACUGCAUAAAUUCACCAUCUUAAAAAUGGUAUUCGAGGCUUGACUUUCACUUUCUUCUGCUUUGGGAAGACGUAAUGUUUAGUCGUAUUUGGUGCAGAGUGAAAUGAGCAUGACGGCCAGCGACUGUCUCGUAGCGUGGAGCUCUGACUGUUGAGCGCAGCUGGGCUCCAUCGUUUAUCAUGUCACGACUGUACGCCUGUGGACGAAGCCUUUUUAUGUUCGUUUUGUUUUUGUGGUUGUUUUGGUUAUUGAAUUAAAAUACAAAAUUCAGCAAGA